AUGGGGGUGUGGGCCAGGGCCCAGGGCAGCACGUGCACCCGCCAGUCCCGCCGCGCUGGGCCGGGCUCAGCGGCCGCACUGCCUACUUGCCCAGGGGCCACGUCCUCAGGAGGCUCCGCCGCCUCUGAAGGCGGCUCUCACUGGGGCAGCCCGAGCCAUGUCCCCACUGCCAGGCCCGCCCUGGGGUCCACUGCCGUGGAGCGGGGCUCAGGCUGCUUCCAGAGCGGCUGCCGUGCCCGGCUCCAGGCACCGCUGCCCUUCUGCUCUGGAGCGGGGAGAGAAGCAGAGGCCCUUUCUGCACACCCGAGGCCCCAGCUGCCCGCUGUGGGAGCCUCGUCCUGCUGGGCACCAGGCACUGGGCCUGGACCCUGUCCUCCCACAGCCCCGGCCCAGGAGGCGGCCCCUCACCGGCAUGCAUGCGCCUCCGGGCCCGGAGCCCCAGCCUAUGGGCCUGAUGGCUGGCCCUUCUGGCCACAGCGGGACCGGCUGCGGCAGAGGCCGCCCCCAGCCUCAGAGGAAGCAGGGCCUCCUCCCCACGCUCUGCUGCAGGCCUUGCUCCUUGGCAGGGCCCUCUGCCAGCUCAGCCCUCUCCCCUUCCCGGCGCUGGGCAGAGGGCCCCCCGGCCCUCCACAUACACAAGUUCUCGGCUCGGCCGAGCACGUCCAGGCCACAGGACGGCUCCACAGGGGUCUGCGCUCAGCCACGCCGCCAGGCAGCGUCGACUCCACAGGGUGGAUGCCUCCAGAAACUGCCCACCAGGCCCACGGAAGGUUACCCCAGUGA